AUGGCAAGCGUGCUCACAUCGCUCACACAUGUACCGCUCUCGGGAAUGCACAGCGACGAUGUGCACGACGGAGGCAACGAUGCUCAGCCAGACGAGCAUUCGCCCGGACGCGUCAGAUUUGCUGCCGGUUCUUCGAGACAUGUAGCGACGCCUGAAGAUGAUGGCGAGGUCGGACCGUUCGCUGCAUCAAAGCAGACUCCUGCAGAACGCGAAGGCCAGUGGCCCGGUGACGAUGCUUCUGGCAUAACCCUGUCAAAUCGUGCUAUCGAGCGUAAUCCAUUCCAGAAUCUGCGCGACGAACAGGCAAAGGGUCGUCUCGCGUUGUGUACCGCUAGCAAUUGGCUAGAAGAUCAGUCCAUCGACCACCUCUCGCGUGCCAUCGCCAACAUGGAUCUCGACGAUGCCAACUUCAGUCUUGCACGCGAAUCUUCCCCUUCCAAGCGUCUCGGACCACCCUACCCGGUAGCCCGUGGCGAACACAAGCCAAACGCGUACGGCAUCAAAGACUUUGCCCUUCACAAAUACCUCGGCCUUAUCUUCUCUCUGCUUUUGGCCGUCGUCCUCAUUGACGCCGGUCUGCUUCUAAAGAAUCAUCGAACGAUUGUUGACGCCCAGCACGGCUUCUUCAACGGGACACACGGCGGUGCACGCGCUCCUUUCGAUGACUUGACUCUCUGCGAUGAGCCCAAACAGAUCAAAGCACUCUUUGAGGCGAUCAAGAUGACUGCCGAGCCGUUCGAAGAUUUGGUCGAAGUCAUGGCAUAUCAUUGGGAGGCCUUGCCUAAAUCUCUCAUCACCGUCGGCAACGUGGCCUUGCACAUCGACCUCAACACGCUGUACCCCCACAAGAUCUUUUGCGGAGAUCAUGGUCGAAACAUCAUCAUCAAUCACGACAACAACGGCCUGCGCCCCAGCCACGACGGACAGUUGCGACUCAUCGGCCUGAUCCAGGAGCAGAUACAACGCGACUUCAACCGUUUGUCGGAUCUGCGGACCGAUCUGUACGCUUCGCAGCGGCGAGCCACCACGGGACAAGUCAGCAUCAAACAGAACCUAUACCGCUACUCGGGCAGCGGAACAAGGACCUACGUCGGACGUCUGCAUGCUCACUCAGUGGUGAUUCGCGCCACUCGCACAAUCACGGAAACACUCGCUCGCGCCGACACCAAUUUCGCCGUAUACAAGGCCUAUGUCAUCAUGGAAAAGGACCACCACGAGUAUGUUGCCAAACACGGCCUCUUGGCAAGCUUCGGAUGGAUCAAUGCACUCAUCGCACAGCAGUACGCGGCGGCCAUAAAGACUCCGUCAUCAUUCCCUCCGUCAAUCGAAUCGCAGCGCACGCUGCAGCUCGUAACAGGCGUCUCAAGCGAUGCAUCGCAUCCUGGCAAGCACAAAUGCGUGCCUGGCAAGGCGAGAGCUAAGCCUGCACUAUCCAGAGAUGCCAAACGCCCUCGACUGAGCAUCUCGAGCUUCGUUGAGAGAUUUAGUACUGACGGCAAGCAUAAGCAAGAGAACAGCUUCAGACCAACCGCACCGACACCUCGUUCGGAUGUUGCGUCAUCGGAACGCAAGACUGGGUGGGCUGCAGGCAGUCUCAAGCCGUCAUCGGCUCGGACAAGCUCAACAAAGCUUCGAGUGACCAGCAGCUCGCCUGUCAGAGCCCAUUCGAGCGACAUCAUCCAUCUCUCGUCCUCAUCAGACUCAGAAGACAAUGAGGUCACGGUACUGUCCAGCUCAAGCGAGAACGAAGCUCCCGCGCGCACGUCUAAGCAAAGACUGACCGCAUCUGGUCCAACGCAUCGGGCUUCCACCUCAUCUAGUGCCGCAAGCACCAGCCGUGGCAGUGCCCCAAAGGGUACCCGUCAUCCCACCGGCGCUCAUUCAGUGCUAUGGACGGAUUUAUGCACGCCCGAGACAGCUGAUGAGCUGGCUGUCCAUCCUCGCAAGAUCGAAGACGUCCGACGCUGGCUCAGAGAGGCAUUAGAGCCUGGCAAGCUUGCAAAGUACAGGCGGCUGCUCGUCCUGUCCGGUCCCACAGGCUCGGGCAAGACAGCCGUCAUACGCGUUCUGGCCAAAGAGCUGGGAGCAGACCUUGUCGAGUUCAAGACAGGCGAGGAGGACGGAGCAGACAGUCUCAGUCGAGCACUGCCAAGCUUCCUUGCUCGGGUCGCUCAGCUGCCGCAGUUGUCAUUUGUCUCGAUUGACUCGCCCAAGGAACCCAUCCGCAUUGCGACGCCGCAAAGUCGCGAAGAGAGAAGGAAGAUCAUUCUCGUAGAAGACUUGCCCAACAUCUUCUCCUCUCAGGUCACUCGCGAGACAUUCCGAGCUGCAAUCCUCAACUUCGUUGCUUCUCGCCGGAUCAGAGCGGGCAUACCCCUUGUUCUGAUCAUCUCAGAAGCUCAGAUCCGUAGCUCGACGGACGAAGAGCAGGGCAUUCUCGGGAGCGUCAGCGGCUCAGCAGGCUGGCAGUCCGGACCCUCGACGGGCAGUCAGCUAUCAGUGCGAUCAGUCGUGCCACCGGACGCGCUGGGUGAUGCGCGCUGUCUCGAGAUCAAGUUCAACGCGAUUGCGCCGACGAUCAUGAAGAAAGCUCUGGCCAGGAUGAUAGAAUCGCUCUUUGCUGCCAACAGACACCUGUCGGAGUCUAUCGAACGGCCGACUGCAGCAGCGAUCGAUCUAGCGACGAAGCUCUCGGGAGGCGAUAUUCGAGGGGCGCUCAUGAACUUGCAGUUUGCUUCCGGUGCAGCUCUACGCGAUCUCGAGCAACGCGCGAGCAAGCUCAAGCUCAGCUCUAAGCGAAAGCGAGGAAAGAGCUCGCGUGAUCUCGGCGACGUGAUCCACUUGCGCGAAUCGCCCCUGUUCAUCUUUCAUGCGCUGGGCAAGAUACUCUACUCGAAGCGAUGGGGCGAGAACGCAAAGGAUGAUGCCAAAGGCGACCAGAUUCGUCCGAAGGAUCCAUUCAAGCUACCUAAGCACCUGAUACACAUGAAGAGAGAGCCUUUGAGGACCAAUGUCGAUGCCAUGUUGAGCGAUAUGCCUGUUGACAGCGAUAUGUUCAUGGCAUAUCUUCACCAGAACUAUCCGCCGUUCAUGAACGAGAUCGAAGAGAGCGCAAGUGCGAUGGACUGGGCUAGCCAAGCUGACGCUCUCUUGCGGCACGAAGCAGACAAGGCGCUGCGGCACCCUCUCAUCAGCGCGUAUACGUUCCAAGUCGGCAUUCGCGGCAUGGCCAUCUCGCUGCCUUGCCCUGUCCCACGACGGGGCCAGAAGCUCUACAAAGCAAAGAUCUGGGAGGUGCAGAAGGAAGCACGAGAGAACGGCGAAGCGAUGAUCGAUCUGUCCGUACGAGUCAUGCGCGAAGCGGCCACUCGCGACCCUUUGCGAGCUUCGGCUCAUCAGGAUCUCAAGACGCUUGCUUCUAUCACGCUGCCCUACAUGGCCAAAAUCGGCGGCACAAGCAAUGCCCAGACAAACGCUCUCCAUGCUCUCACGACCUUCACGACCGCCACAGAUCACGAGACGACGCUGGACGAGCGUGACAUGGCAAGCGACGAUGAGGAUCUGAUCGAGCCUAUCGUUGCUCAGCAGAUCGUCGAGCAACCUGCACUUGACCUGGAAGAUGACGAGAUACUCGAGUUUGAUGACUGA